GAACAGUUAUUUUGAAUAAUUACGCUUAUUGCAGUGAAGAUAUCACCUACAUAAAAUGAAAAGUCUCGUGCUUUACGCCUGUAUUUUAAUAAUUGCUUUUCAGCCGUCUAGUUCAAUAGAACUAAAAAAAAUUAAAAAUAUAAUAGAAACUACUGUGAAUGAUGUUGAAGCUUGCCAGGCUGAAAAUAAUGUGACUGAUGCUGAUGUAUACGGUCUCGAAGACAUGGGGUCUGACUUACCCACCCAACCCGAAAAUGAAGAAAGAACAAGAAAAAUGGGCUGCUGGAUUGCGUGUGCCUUAAAAAGACAGAAUUUAAUGGACGAAGAUUCAAACAUUAACGAACCGCAAAUUCAUGUAAGAAUAAAUUUAGAGUAUGGUGAUUUUCCUGAUCAAGCCAUUGUUCACCGAAUUGGGAGUAAAUGCAUGAAAGAAGUGAGAGAUAUUACGCAAGAAUGUGAGAAAAGCUUCUCCCUGCUUGUAUGUGCUGCAAAAGCUGUAAUGGAGGAACGGAAAUAUUUGUUAAAUCACUAGUCAAUUUAACUUGUGAUAUUACUGUGGUAGUUUAGUAGAGUUA